UCUUUAUGGAGGGAGCAGUACCAGUACGUCUCUUUUGUCUGACUCUGCCCGACUCCUCCUCUUUCUCUCUCUAACUUGCAGGGCAUAAGAAUAUGGAUGGCGAAACGGUUUCAGCAAUGGAUAACAAUCAGAAUCAGAGUCAAGUUUUGAACAUUUACCCUCUCAGCAACUACUAUUUUGGCUCCAAAGACGCCGUCCCACUCAAAGACGAGCCCGAAGCCGAUCGCGUCCUCCGAAUGAAAUCAAACUAUGCUGCUUAUGGAUUGAGGACUUCUGUGCAAGCAGUCAUACUGGUUGAGUUGUUCAAACAUCCUCAUAUAUUGCUGUUGCAAGUACGGAAUUCCAUAUAUAAGCUUCCAGGUGGUCGCUUGAGGCUGGGUGAAUCAGAUAUUGAUGGCUUGAAACGUAAACUAAACAGCAAGCUAUCUGUCAAGGAAGAUGGUUUUGGAUCUGACUGGGAGGUGGGAGAAUGCCUUGGGAUGUUGUGGAGGCCCGACUUCGAAACAUUGUUGUAUCCAUAUUUACCUCCUAAUGUGAAGAGGCCCAAGGAGUGUAUAAAACUCUUUCUUGUGAACUUGCCGGAAACGCAGAGGUUCAUUGCACCAAGGAACCUAAAAUUGCUUGCAGUUCCAUUGUGUCAGAUUCAUGAGAACAAGAAGACAUACGGACCAAUAAUAUCAGGAGUUCCACAGUUGCUGUCGAGAUUCUCCAUCAAUGUUAUGGAAUUUUGAAAGAUACUGACUUGUUUCUACAGCAAGUAUAAGAACCAGUUAGAACAAUGUGUGUUAGAAAAGGGAUAUAGCAAGCAGCGUCACGGUGCCAUGCAAUCUCAGCAGGCACAUCACACAUGUAAACACCUGUGGCUUUGUCGAGAUGAUAUAACCUCUUACGUAUUGUAUUGUUUAACAGAGCAACAUUAGGGUUUUAACUAAUGCCAUGAUUGGUUCCUUCUUUUGUUCAAAA